UUGUUAUUGGCUUUUACGGAUGAAACUGAAACUGAAACUGAAACUGAAACUGAAAGUGUGAAACCACCAUUUUCGAUUCUCAGGAUUUGAUAGCAGUUUCAGGAGAUUUCUCUCUCUUUCUCAGUUCUCACUCUCUCUCCACUGGAAAGUCCUUUUCUUCUCGAUUCAGAGAAAAAAAUAAAUCGGUUUUAAAGAGAAAGAUAGAGGAAUCCGAGUCUCCGAGCUGAAUCUGUUUUUCGAAUCUUCGAUGUGAUCGCCAGGUUUGUUUCCCUUCCGAUUCCGAUGGGGAAAUUUCUCGCCGGUUUCCUUCUCCCUUCGCUGCUUCUAGCAGCUGCUCUAAUCAACUGGAGUUUGAUAUCACUUGUUGAUUUGAUAGCGUUUCUUGUUAUUCUGUACAAUGUAUCGCAAUUAGGAUUUCAUUUCCGUAGGAGGCUUUUGUUGCUGUGGCCAGUUGUUAUCUUUUCUGUAGUUGCAAUACUUUCUCAAGUGACUUAUCUGUUAAUAUGGGCUGCUGAGCCAGUUUCCUGGAGUAUACCUGAUGCCUGGUGGGCAAAGCUCAUUGGGUUUAUGAUAGUUCAGUCUUGGAGAUCUCCUUAUGCAAUUUAUUUCUUGGUUAUACAACUACUUGCACUUAUUGUUGCUUUGAUUGAUAUAUACUGGAAAAGGUGUCUUCAGGAUACAUGGCAAGAUUCAUCCCGGGGUCAUUUGUUAUCAAUUAUUGAACAUUUAGGUUCUCAUCUUCGGGUGGCAUCAUGCUUGCUGUUACCUGCAAUUCAGCUAGUUGUUGGAAUUAGCCAUCCUUCCUGGGACUCCCUACCUUUUUUUAUUGGUAGUUGUGUUGGUCUUGUGGAUUGGUCUCUAACAAGCAACUUUCUUGGGCUUUUCAGGUGGUGGAGACCUCUUCAUCUGUAUGCAGGUGUUGAUAUUUUUCUGCUUUACAUAUAUCAACUUCCUGUGGAAUUUCCAACUGCAAUUCAUCGGAUGGCUGAUAUAAUUGGUCUUUACAAAAUUUCUGCAAAUUCUGAGUGGACCAAAAUUUGUUCUAGCAUUUCAAUCAUACUUUACUACACAAUGCUGUCUUUCAUUAGAUCUGAUUUGGAGGAGAUGGAUUUUAUUGUUUCCAGAUCAGAUUGUAGCCUGACUGAACAACUUCUUCCCUCCAAGCAUUCGUUCUUCAUUCGUGAAUCAAGUUCUGGUGUGAAGCACACAAAUGUUUUACUCAGAGGAGGUGUUUUCCGGACUUUUAGCAUCAACUUUUUCACGUAUGGUUUCCCGGUCUCCUUGUUUGCUCUUUCCUUUUGGAGCUUUCAUUUUGCAAGCUUAUGUGCAUUCGGGCUACUUGCUUACGUGGGCUACAUUGUCUAUGCCUUCCCUUCUUUAUUCCGUUUGCACCGCUUGAAUGGGCUGCUGCUUGUCUUUAUUCUCUUCUGGGCUGUUAGCACCUACGUAUUCAAUGUGGCAUUUACAUUUUUGAAUUGGAAACUUGGACGGGACAUGAAAAUCUGGGAGAUGGUGGGUCUGUGGCACUAUCCGAUACCUGGUUUCUUUUUGCUUGCCCAAUUUUGUCUAGGAAUUUUGGUUGCGUUGGGUAAUCUUGUGAACAAUUCUGUAUUCCUCUGCUUGUCUGAUGAGGAUGGGCAAUCGUCAAAUGAGCAGUGCUCAGUAGAAGAGAAGGGAGAGACUAAGGUUUUGAUUGUGGCAACAAUAGCAUGGGGACUUCGCAAGUGCUCUCGGGCUAUCAUGCUAACAUUGAUCUUUCUUAUUGCCAUAAAGCCUGGUUUCAUCCAUGCUGUAUAUAUGAUAUUCUUCCUGAUAUAUCUUUUGAGCCACAACGUCAGCCGAAAGCUACGACAAGCUCUGAUUCUUCUGUGCGAGAUUCAUUUUGCACUGUUGUACGCUCUUCAAAUUAAUUUGAUCUCUAAUGCUUUGGAGAAAAAAGGUUCUGUAAGCAUGGAAGUUGUAAUGCAAUUAGGUCUCGUUGGAGAAGAUAGUGACUGGGAUUUCUUGGAAGUAGCUUUGCUUGGUUGCUUCUGUUCAGUCCAUAACCAUGGUUUUGACAUGUUAUUUUCAUUCUCAGCAAUCAUACAGCAUACCCCUAGUGCCCCUAUUGGAUUUGGCAUCUUGAAAGCUGGUCUUAACAAAUCUGUUUUAUUGUCUAUAUAUUCAUCCUCCUCUGUGAGACAAAGUGAUGACAGUUUCUCUUAUGAAAGAAGAAUUGCAUCAUACCUCAGUGCAAUUGGGCAGAAGUUCCUCUCUAUAUACCGAUCUUGUGGCACCUAUAUUGCUUUCUUGACUAUUCUUCUCACAGUAUAUAUGGAGAAGCCCAAUUACAUAGCAUUUGGUUACAUAUUCCUUCUUCUGCUGUGGAUUACUGGAAGACAACUUGUUGAGAGAACAAAAAGGCCGCUUUGGCUUCCAUUGAAAGUGUAUGCAAUUUCGGUGUUUAUCUUCAUAUAUAGCUUGAGCAGCUUCACAAGUCUAGAGAUGUGGUUAUCCAAGUUGAUUGAUCUCUAUUUUUAUCUUGGAUUUGACCCAAAAGCGUCAUCUUUUGAAAAUGUUUGGGAGUCUCUGGCAGUCUUGAUUGUUAUGCAACUUUAUAGCUAUGAGAGGAGACAAAGCAAGCUGCACAAACAGGCUUACAUGGAUCAGUUGGAGCCAGGGAAAGUUGGGUUUAUCAGGCGAUUUCUUAUUUGGCACAGCCAAAAAAUCUUAUUUAUUGCCCUGUUUUAUGCAUCUUUAUCCCCAAUUAGUGCAUUUGGUUUCUUGUAUCUGCUUGGAUGUGUUAUCUGCUCCAUUUUACCAAAGACGUCUAGUAUCCCAUCCAAAUCAUUCUUAGUAUACACAGGGUUUCUGGUGACUGCUGAAUAUCUUUUUCAAAUGUGGGGUAAGCAAGCUGAAAUGUUUCCUGGACAGAAGUACUCUGAUAUAUCUCUCUUUCUGGGAUUGUGUGUAUUCCAGCCAGGCUUUUGGGGUCGAGAAUCUGGAUUGAGAGGAAAAGUACUAGUUAUUGUGGCUUGUACCCUUCAAUACAAUGUCUUUCGGUGGUUGGAAAGAAUGCCAAAUACAGUCUUGAAUAGAGGACACUGGGAAGAACCUUGUCCUUUGUUUGUCUCCUCGGAAGAUUCAUUUCAGCAUAUUGAUACAUGUAAUGAGGCAAGUAAAACGUCAUGCAAUUCACAUCAUCCAACUGAGAUUCAAGAAGGGGAUUCUAGCAAGACACUAAGAAUUAUAACCGCUGGUCAUUCCCAAAUACCUGAUACUCCAAGUUCUAAAACAAGAGGUUCUGACAGCAAUAGAAGAAAGUAUUUUGGAUUUAUCUGGGGAAGUAGCAGGGAGAGUCACAAGUGGAACAAGAAGCGGAUUGUUGCUUUGAGAAAGGAGCGGUUUGAGACCCAGAUAGCAGUCUUAAGAAUAUAUUUGAAAUUUUGGGUGGAGAAUAUGUCUAAUCUAUUUGGUCUUGAGAUAAACAUGAUAGCAUUACUUCUUGCAAGCUUUGCCUUGUUGAAUGCAAUAUCCAUGCUGUAUAUUGCACUGUUAGCUGCUUGUAUUCUUCUGAAUCGGCAUAUUAUACGCAAAAUCUGGCCUGUAUUUGUCUUCCUGUUUGCAUCUGUUCUCAUCCUUGAAUAUUUUGUCAUCUGGAAGGAUAGUUUACCUUUUAGUUCGCAUGUUCCAAGCGGGGUUCAUUGUCAUGACUGUUGGAAAGCUUCAACUCGACAUUUCGAUUAUUGCGAAAAGUGUUGGCUAGGACUUGUUGUUGAUGAUCCCCGCAUGCUGAUCAGCUACUUUGCAGUCUUCAUGCUGGCUGGCUUCAAGCUUCGGGCUGAUCGCCUUGGUAACUUUUCAGGAUCAUCAACAUAUCGUCAGAUUAUGUUUCAACGUAGAAACACAUUCAUUUGGAGAGAUCUCUCUUUUGAAACCAAGAGCAUGUGGACCUUUGUCGACUAUUUGAGGCUUUACUGCUAUUGCCAUUUGUUGGAUCUUGUGCUUAUUUUAAUAUUGAUUACUGGUACACUCGAGUAUGACAUUUUGCAUCUUGGUUAUCUUGCAUUUGCUUUGGUAUUCUUUCGCAUGAGACUUGAAAUAUUGAAGAAGAAGAACCAAAUCUUCAAGUUCUUGCGCAUUUAUAACUUUGCUGUUAUUAUUCUCUCUCUUGCUUAUCAGUCCCCUUUUGUUGGUGGACCAAGUUCUGGGAAGUGUGAGAAGAAUUACAUUUAUGAGAUGAUUGGCUUUUAUAAAUAUGAUUAUGGGUUUCGGAUUACUGCUAGAUCUGCAAUCGUAGAGAUUAUCAUAUUUUUGCUUGUAGCACUUCAGUCAUACAUGUUUUCCUCUAAAGAGUUUGAUUAUGUAUGUCGAUACCUGGAAGCAGAGCAAAUUGGUGCUAUUGUGCAUGAACAGGAGAAAAAGGCGGCAUGGAAAACUGCACAGUUACAACAAAUUCGUGAAAGUGAGGUCAAAAAGCGACAGCGUAAUAUGCAGGUUGAGAAGAUGAAAGCUGAAAUGCUCAACCUACAAGUACAACUCCAUAGUUUGAACACGUCAGCCAAUUGUAUUGAUGGAUUUUCUCACAGUGGUGAGGGUCUAAGAAGGAGGCGGAGCAAUUCUAUUAUUUCAACCCAUGACAUUAGAAUCCCUGACAAAGAAGAACAGUUUCCUGAGAGACUCGAUCAUGCAAUGAGAGAGGAUUCUGUUCUCCCAACUGAACUUGAAUCAUCAUCUACUUCCAUGAAUGUGGAAACUUCAUUCACAGAGGAGUACAUGAAGCAUUCAGUGGAUUCUCCUGUGUGUGAAAUUACUGAAAUAGAUAUUGACAACAAUUCUAGUGAUUCGGACAAAAAGGGGAAGGGGCAAGCAAAAGAACACCCAUUGAGAUCUGCUGUGCAACUAAUAGGUGAUGGUGUUUCCCAGGUACAGUCCAUUGGAAAUCAGGCAGUUAAUAACUUGGUGAGCUUUCUGAAUAUAUCUCACGAAGAUUCUGAUUCAAAUGGGCACACAAAUGUUGAGGAUCAGAUAUAUGACGAGAUGGAGAGCCAGAAAAGCCGUGAUAUGUAUGUGGAUCGAUCUUCAUCUGCACUAUCUGAUAGGAGUUCAGAAGCUGCAAGUCUGCAGUUAGGAAGGAUCUUUCGUUAUAUAUGGUACCAGAUGCGCUCCAAUAAUGAUAUAGUGUGUUACUGUUGUUUUGUUCUUGUGUUCUUAUGGAACUUCAGUUUGCUAUCGAUGGUGUAUCUCGGGGCUCUUUACUUGUAUGCAUUAUGUGUAAAUACAGGUCCAAGUUACAUCUUCUGGGUUAUCAUUUUGAUAUAUACAGAAAUUUACAUCUUACUCCAGUAUCUGUACCAAAUUAUAAUUCACCACUGUGGGAUGAGUAUUGAUCCUGUCCUGUUACGAGAAUUAGGUUUCCCAACACACAAAAUUAUGUCUUCCUUUGUUGUCAGUUCAUUACCUCUCUUUCUUGUCUAUAUUUUUACCCUCAUCCAAAGCUCCAUAACACCUAAAGAUGGUGAAUGGAUGUCAUCUAUAAACUUCAGGUUUAAGGGGAAAGAUCUCCAUCGAAAAGAUGAUCCUGCUCGAUAUAACUGGCAAGAGAAGGUAGGAGAUCUACUGAAUCAGAUGGCUAAUAUGGUUAAAAUGAUAAUCAGAAGCUUCUUUAGAUACUGGAAGUCACUCACACAAGGAGCAGAAUCUCCUCCUUAUUUUGUCCAGGUGUCUAUGGAUGUCAACUUCUGGCCAGAGGAUGGGAUUCAACCAGCAAGGAUCGAAUCUGGAAUUAAUCAGUUGCUCAGAGUUGUCCAUAAGGAUAAGUGUAUGGAAAAGAACCCAAACCUUUGCCCUUUUGCUAGUAGGGUUAAUGUUCAAAGCAUUGAAAGAAGUCAAGAGAAUCCCAAUGUUGCCUUGGUUGUUUUAGAGGUUGUCUAUUCCUCUCCUGUAACUAAUUGUUCGUCAGCAGAAUAUAACUUUUCUUUAACUCCAGCCGAUGAUGUAGCGAAGGAAAUCCUGAAAGCUAAGCGUGCAGGUUUUGUGGAAGAAGUGGGAUUCCCUUAUCAUAUACUCUCAGUUAUUGGUGGAGGCAAGAGAGAAAUUGAUCUGUAUGCAUACAUAUUUUGUGCAGAUCUGAUUGUAUUCUUUCUUGUUGCUAUCUUCUACCAGUCUGUCAUAAAAAAUAAAAGUGAGUUCCUUGAAGUGUAUCAGCUUGAAGACCAGUUUCCGAAAGAAUUUGUCUUCAUUUUAAUGGCUAUCUUCUUCUUGAUUGUGGUUGAUCGAAUAAUAUACCUCUGCUCAUUUGCCACGGGCAAAGUGAUUUUCUAUAUUUUCAACCUCGUGCUCUUCACAUAUUCAGUUACGGAAUAUGAUUGGCAGUUAGACCCAUCCCAGAAACAUGCUGCUCAGUUUGCUCUCCGUGCUAUUUUUUCAGCAAAAGCACUUUCUCUAGCACUUCAGGCUGUACAAAUUCGUUAUGGCAUUCCUCACCAAAGCACAUUGUAUCGUCAAUUUUUGACUAGUGAAGUUUCACGGAUCAAUUACUUAGGAUAUAGGCUUUACCGUGCAUUGCCAUUCCUUUAUGAAUUACGAUGUGUACUUGAUUGGUCAUGCACAACCACAUCCCUCACCAUGUAUGACUGGCUGAAGCUGGAGGACAUAAAUGCAAGUUUGUACCUUGUCAAAUGCGAUUCAGUGUUGAAUAGAGCUACACACAAGCAAGGGGAGAAGCAAACGAAAAUGACCAAAUGCUGCAAUGGGAUAUGCUUGUUCUUUGUAUUAAUUUGUGUUAUAUGGGCUCCAAUGCUGAUGUAUAGCAGUGGUAACCCGACAAACAUUGCCAACCCAAUUAAAGAUGCCAGCUUUAAGGUUGAUAUCAAGACAGUUAGUGGAAGGUUGAGUUUGUAUGAAACUACUCUGUGUGAAAGAAUCGAGUGGAAUAAACUCGAUUCUGAUGCCAAUCUUGAUCCUCAUGGCUAUUUGGACACAUAUAAUAAGAAUGAUAUCCAAUUGAUAUGCUGUCAAGCUGAUGCUAGUACAUUGUGGCUUGUCCCAAGUGUUGUUCAGACAAGAUUGAUUCAGUCCCUUGAUUGGUAUGAUGACAUGGAAAUUUUUUUUACCUGGAUACUUUCAAGAGACAGGCCUAAAGGGAAAGAAGUGGUGAAGUAUGAAAAAGCUGUUGAUCCUCAGUAUCUUCCAAGUCAAUCUGAUGUUCAAAAGGUUCUGAAUGGCUCUAUGACCAGCUUUAGGGUUUAUAAAUUUUAUCCGAGAUAUUUCCGUGUUACUGGUUCUGGUGACGUUAGAAAUUUGGAUGAGGAUAGCACUGUCAGUGCUGAUCUUGUUUUACAUCGUGAGCAAUUUGAGUGGUGGGCCUUCCAAGAUAUUCAGCCAUCAAAUUUGAGUGGAUUUUGUGGAGGCCACACAGGACCUGUAGCAAUCGUAGUAUCCGAGGAGACGCCACCACAGGGUAUUCUUGGUGAUACACUCAGCAAGUUCAGUAUAUGGGGGCUCUACAUAACCUUUGUUCUAGCUGUUGGACGUUUUAUCAGACUCCAGUGCUCUGACUUAAGGAUGAGAAUUCCCUUUGAAAACCUACCUUCGUGUGACAGGUUGAUAGCCAUCUGCGAGGACAUAUAUGCUGCAAGAGCGGAGGGUGAGCUUGGAGUCGAAGAGCUCCUUUACUGGACACUGGUGAAGAUAUAUCGGUCACCACACAUGCUGUUAGAGUACACCAAACCCGAUUAGACAAGGUUGAACACUACCUUCUGGUUACUAACAACUAACAAGGGGAAUUGAUGUUCACACAUCUGGUUUGACUGCCACGCAUAUUGAAAGAGGUGCCACCAACGUUUUGUUGGUCAGAACUCGGAGUAGGACACGUGUCAAAGCUCUCGGGAUAAAGAUUAACCGCAGUGUUACCAGACUUCUGUUGCCGCAGGCAUUAUCUGGUUUUGGAGCAUUUUAACAGAUUGGUGAGGAGCAGGCGUUGUGAUUUGAGAUUUGAGAAUGUAUUUAUACACGACAUUGAUCUUCAUUAUUUUUAGGGAGGAUACAAUGUACAAUGCAGCAGUCAAGGUUAGUUAGAGUCUUAGAGAGGAAAAUAUAUUUGUUUUCCAAGAACAAUGUCUUCAUUCUCCGGAUCUCUCCUUUUCUUCAAUCACAAAACAGUAUGAUUAUCGAGAAU